GUGCACCAGUAACACAGUAUAUUUCUGCAGAUCUGUUUGCUGUGUGAAACUCCGGGUUAGUUUUCUGUAUUUAGUCGGCCAACUAGAAGUCUCCGUUGGUGGGAAACACGAUGAGAGCGUGACGUCACAGCAGCAGCAGCCUCCUGAAUGUCCUGAAGAGUCCCCAUGGAUGACCUGACCCAAGCCCUCUCGGCCAGCUUCGCUGUGUCCAAGGAGCCCAACAGCACAGCCGCCCCCCACCCUCGGCUGGCCCAGUACAAGAGCAAGUACAGCGUGCUGGAGCAGAGCGAGCGACGGCGGCGCUUCCUUGAGCUGCAGAAAAGUAAAAGGUUAAACUACGUCAACCAUGCGCGGCGUCUGGCUGAUGGGGACUGGACGGGGGCAGACAGCGACGGAGAGGAGGACAUGGAGAAAAAAGAGGAGGGGGAACGGGAGAAAGAUGGUCGCACAGAAGAGGAGGAGGAGGAAGAAGGGAUGGAGAUUGAGAGGAGGAAGCUGCCAAAACAUUAUGCCAACCAGCUCAUGCUGUCAGAGUGGCUGGUGGAUGUGCCAUCAGAACUGGACACUGACUGGCUGAUGGUGGUCUGUCCUGUGGGGAAAAGAUCUCUCAUUGUUGCCUCCAAGGGCUCCACUGCAGCGUACACUAAAAGCGGCUACUGUGUGAACCGUUUCCCCUCCCUGCUGCCCGGUGGGAACCGACACAACUCAGCCAUGGGAAAAGACUACACGAUCCUGGACUGCAUUUACAGCGAGGUGGACAGAACGUACUACAUCCUGGACGUCAUGUGCUGGAGAGGCCACCCGGUCUACGACUGCCCGACUGAGUUCCGUUUCUACUGGCUCCAGUCCAAAGUCCAGGAGACGGACGGCCUAUCAGAAAUCGCCAAACGCAACCCUUUCCGGUUUGUGAGCCUCCAAAGCACGGACUGCACAGCGGAGCCGAUUCAGAAAGCCCUGGCAGCUGAGUACAGCUUCGGCGUGGACGGUCUGCUCUUCUACCACCGGCAGACCCACUACACCCCCGGCAGCACCCCUCUGGUGGGCUGGCUCCGCCCCUACAUGGUCACCGACAUCCUGGGCAUCGAGGUCCCCGUAGGACCCCUCACCACCAAGCCUGAGUACGCCAGCCACCAGCUGCAGCAGAUCCUGGAACACAAAAAAACAUCAACUGAAGUCCGCCCGGCCAACAGGAGUGGAGGCUACGAGUUAGAGUACCUGUCCACACCAGGCCAGGAGGACGGGGACACUGUGAACUUUUUCAAUCAAACGCCAAUAAGGGAAGCGCACAUGGAGAACUGAGUGGGAGGCUUAACGACAUGCAAAUUGCUAACUCAGUGUUUCUGCGUGGUGGCGGCCCACAUAUGGCUCUUUAGAAUGUCUGCUGAAUGGUUUUUGCAGGUCUGACCAAUUGCAGAGCAUGGCUAAUUCUAAUCCGGCACUGCUCAGGACGCCCUCAGAGUGCAGAUUAGCAGAGAUAUAUGCUGUAUAUGUGUUUUUAAACUCUGCCAUUUACAUCUCGUACCUGUUGCAGAACUCUGAAACAGAUCAGGUUCUUUGAGAGUAAUUGCACCGUAUUCAGCCACUGUAAUUACUUCGUCGCGGGCUGUUAUGCAGCUCCCUUUCAUAACACCAUAGGUAGUCACACACAAGCAAAAAAUAGGACGAGAGGUUUCUUAUGCAAUAUACACUGCAAAGUGCAGCAUGGUAAAUGUUGUGGUGAAGUGUUAUUUUGCUGCUCUGCACUUAAAGCGGAUCUUACAUAAGAAACAUCCUUACUGUUGUUGGUUGUUUGCAGACUUUCUACAACGAUCAUCGAUGUAUACCCACCAAAAAAAUACAGAAAAAUUAGUUUGAGCAAUGGAAACAGAGAGUUGCACUCAGUGUUUUGGAAGGUGAGGUGUUGCAGACUGGUCAGACCCUGUGAGUUGCGAUCAUGCUAAGCAGCAGCAGUGACAUGAACUUUUACAAUUUAAUGUUAAAUUUCAAAUACCUUAGAAGAUGUUUUAAAGUGUAUGUUUCUAAAUAAAUGUUUUUUAUUGCACCGUG